AUGGAAUUAAUCUUGAAUAACAUAUCCUAUUCUGAAGCUUUAAAUAUUAAAGACAUAAAUACUUUUGACUCUAUCAUAAAAAGUUCAUUACCUUCAAACUACAAAUAUAUGGUAGACUUAAUUGAACAAAUUUCGUCAUAUGAAUUUCUAGGUGCUUAUGAAAAACCUUUUAAAAGUGAAUUUCACAUAGAUAUUAACACAUUUGAGGAUGUUAAAUCAUGGCUUCAGCAAUUUAUGGAUCUUCAUAAAGUGACAAUCCAUGUUACAAGUUUUCGCCCUGUUUCUGUUGAAACAAAAAAUGCAAUCUUCAAGCUUUUUGAUGUUGAACAUGGCCCUAAUAGUGCGUAUCACACUUAUUGGGAACAAAUGCAAUUAAGAUAUAAAAAUGAUGAAGAAAUGUUAGCUGACAGAGCUUUAUUUCCACAUAAAAAUGAUAUUAAAUACCUCUAUAAAACUAUUGUGACAAGCAUAUAG